AUGGGAUUUGCUUCGGGGCCAUUUGAUGACUUUCAUCGAUCCGGCAGAACUGAUUGGCAUUCUACAUUGAAGAAACUUGUUGGGAAGAAUCGUGUGGCCGAAGUCGUCAAAGAAAAUUCUCAAAAGCUUGUUCAAAGACUCUUAGAAAAAGGAAAUACGAAAGAGGGAAUCGACCCUAAAAUAAUUCUCAUCAAUACGGUAUUGACAACAACAACGAGCUUUUCUUUCGGGAAGAAUUACGAAGAUGAUGAUCCAGAAUUUCUCCAAGUGCGUGAUUGGAUUGACGAAUAUAUCGAUGGAUUUCUUUACCUUGCUUUGAAAUAUACAACUCUUGAUCUGUUCCCAUCUUGGUUCGGCCAGUCUGAUUUCUAUUUCAAUCUUUGGGCGAAAUCGCCACUUCAAAAGCUCUACAAGGCAAUGCCACACUUCAUGACCUAUAUUUUCGAGCAGGUCAAAGAGGCGAGGAAGGGACUCGACAAAGAAAAUCCCCGGCAUUUUCUUGAUAUGCUCAUAAUACGAGCUGACGAAGAGCCUCGCUGGGGAUACUUUCAGCUUGCAGCCACAAUUAUCAACAUUUACGCUGCUACGGGGGACACCCUUAGCAACACAAUGCUUUGGUUGCUGAUGACUCUCGCAGAUAAUCCAGAAAUCCAAGAAAAGAUGCAUGAAGAAAUCAAAGAAGCGCGAAUGAAGGAUCCUUAUUUAAACCCUGCUGACAUUCCAUACACACGAUCGGUUCUUUUAGAAAACCAGCGAAGAAACCCAAUCACUGACUCGCUUGCUCAUAUGGUCUCGGAAGAAACCGUCGUUCAAGGGGUCGUUUUUCCCAAAAACUCGACAGUCAUUGAUAGUUUGAUUUAUGCAAUGACGAAGGCGGCUCUAGAUCACAUGAGCAUCACUCUCUCUGGAAAUCUAGCGCUUGAUGGGAUCCGAGUCAAUUCUGUCAACCCUGCUGUUGUUAUGACUGAUAUUUGGAAGAAAACCUUCGAUGUAACUGACGAGACAAUGCCUGUUGUCAUGGAAAAAUUCAAAGAGAUGCAGCCAAUGGGAAUUCUAUCGGAGGAAGAAUGUGCACACGUAUAA